AAACCUCAUCUACUCCACUUCAUCUUCUUCUCUUCAUUUUUCUCUCUGAUAUAUUGUUGUAAUUAUCACCAUGCUUCUAAAAUUCAGAAGCCCUUUCAAACUGGAAGAUCAGAAAGAAAAUCAUAAAAGUCAUAAUAAUGAGUAUGGGUGCAGGGGUUCAGUAGCAGCUAACAAUAAGAGGUCAAACGCUGUUGGGUUGAGAAUCCUUGUUCAAAUAUCAUCACAACAAGCAAGCCGGGAAUCCAAUAAUUAUGUUGUUGUGAAAUCUGCUCUGAGAUUAUUAAGUCAGCAUGCUCCUCCUCCUGCUACUUCCUCAACCAGAAGCUUGGCCCUUGACUCUUGCUUUCUCAAAACUUGUCAUCUUUGCAAUAAAGGAUUAAGUCUUGAUAAAGAGGUCUACAUGUACAGAGGGGAUCAAGGUUUUUGCAGCAUAGAGUGUCGAGACAGACAGAUAUACCUGGAUGAAAUAAAGGAAUUAGAAGCUUCUACCAAGAAAAUAAUAUCAUCUUACAGAAGUAGUUCUUGUACUAAUAAUUACCCUUCAAGGCAUCGUGAUUAUCAACCUCCAAGACAUAAUAAAAAGCCCAUCUCUAACUCUAAUUACCAAAGAAAUCGUCCACUCGUUAUCUCCUAGCAGAAAACACCUAUAGUAGAUCUAUAUUAUAUAUAUAUAUAUCUCAAGUAUUUCAGAGAACGCAGUAUGAAAUUGCAAGGAUUGCAAAGUCACCUUCGAUUUUCAUCGAUCUGUAAUGAAGAUGGAAAUAUCAAUUUUAUUUUAUUUUUUAAAAUAAAUUUUUUUAGAAGAAGAAUUUGAGUGCCUUUUUAUUAUUAGUAUUCUGUGAACUCGAAUAAUGUACUGUUCGAUAAAUUAAGUAGGGUUUGAUGUAUUAUAUUCAUGAGUAGUUCUCAUACUAGUGGGGGUUAAUUAUUUGUAAUGCAUUUACUUAUUGCUCUA